GACAGCUGUCUGAGGAGCACGGAGUUCUCGAUUAUUUAGUCUGUAGUAAUACAAAAUAAAUUGUUAAGUGCGCCGAUCGGCCGUGUGUCAGGAUUUUUAAUUUAUUUACCGAAUUAUUGUGUUUCGUCUAUUGUUUUUCAUAUAAUUUUUAGUUCUAUUACUCAAGUUGAAUGGAACUUUUAGCUAAAGCCGCUAAAUAUAAUGAAUCUCGAGUUUGAACACUACUUACAGUAAAGUGGAAGUAAACAUUCGCAGUAAUUUCCAUGGAAAACAUCGUUAUCAACAUAGUUUGAUGCCAGUACCUUGACAAUAAUCGCACAAGCGAUAUCAAUUAUACAAGACUGAUUUUAAGUAGACAUUCCUAUAUGAUGCAAUAGACAAGAUGUUCAAGCUCUUGGGAGGACUUAGUGUGUACUUCAGGUACCAGCCUGUUCAGACUGACAAUGCCGUGUUCAGGCUGCACAAUAUUUUUACCACAGUGCUGUUGCUUACAUGCUCUGUUAUAAUCACGGCGACGCAGUAUGUGGGACAGCCGAUACACUGCAUAACGGGGCCAGGGCUGCCGAACCAUGUGGUCAACACGUUCUGUUGGAUCACGUCAACGUUUACGAUGCCCGAUGCGUUUGCUCGAGAGGUGGGAAAGGAGGUGGCACACCCGGGUGUGUUGAAUGAAUAUGACAGCUCGCAGGACAAGAAGUACUAUACCUAUUACCAGUGGGUUUGCUUCGUGCUGUUCUUCCAGGCGAUAAUGUGUUACACACCCAAGUACCUGUGGGAUGCCUUCGAAGGUGGCCUUUUGCGCACUAUUAUUAUGGGCCUCAAUAUAGGAGUCUGUCACGUGGAAGAGAAAGACAAGAAGAAGGACGUUAUAAUUGGCUAUCUCAUCAGGCACGAAAGGAGGCACAAACUGUAUGCGUUCCGGUACUGGGGAUGCGAGCUCCUCUGCCUGGUGAACAUCAUCUUACAACUGUGGAUGAUGGAUAGCUUCUUCAAUGGAGAGUUCCUUUCAUAUGGUACCAGAGUGCUGGGGUAUAGUGACGUGCCGCAGGAAGAAAGAUACGAUCCGAUGAUAUACGUGUUCCCUCGCGUAACAAAAUGUACAUUUCACAAGUAUGGUGCGUCAGGCUCCAUACAAACCCAUGACAGCCUCUGCAUACUACCGCUGAAUAUAGUGAAUGAGAAGACCUACAUAUUUCUGUGGUUCUGGUAUAUUAUACUCGCGGUGUUAUUGACUCUACUUGUAAUUUACAGGCUAGUAAUACUCUUCGUGCCAUCAAUACGACCGCGCCUAUUACACGCACGCGCUCGUACGAUUCCGAUGGAAUCAGCGGUUUUCAUAUCACGAAGGACCGAUGUUGGUGAUUGGUGGCUGCUUUAUAUGUUGGCCAGGAAUAUGGAUCCGUUGAUAUACAGGGAACUGAUAGCGGAGCUUGUAAAACGCAUGGGAGAGAAGAGUGGACCGCGAGCGUGACGUCCGCCGCAAACAAUAGCCGUGCUCAGUGUAUGACAUCGUGAUAAGCCUUAUAUAUAGUUUAUUGGAGCUUCUUGGCUUCAUUUGGCCUCUUUUGGCCAUUCAUAACUUGGCCAAACCCGGCCUAACUUGAUUUCGACAACACCAUUCAGCCUAAUUUGGCAAUAAUUAAGUUAAGGGCUCAGAAAGGUUUAGCUCUACUUGACAUGGCUAAAUCUAUUCGAACCCAACUUGCCAUCACGUGGUCAAUUCCAAUAGGCUGUUUUUGCAGUACUUGGCGUAGAUUAUUACUUUUUUAAUUUUAUAAAUCCAAACUUAUUAAAUCAAAGUCUUUAUAAAAAGUUUACAUGUGAUAAACGUAUACGUUCUCAAUCGUAUAUAACGAAUACGGAUGACUCGAAUUGCUGCUCAAAUUAUAUUAACUCUAAAAUCAAUACGUUCCUAGCAAUUUUUGCUUAUUGAAGCUUUUUGAUUAAUUUCUGUGUUUUUUUUUAAUAUUGACUUGAUAUAAAUAGGUCUUGUUAUUCUCAUGGAGUUAGUUUUCUUUUUGCUCAAUAUUUUCUCAAAUUCUGAAGAAACAUCGUAAGGUAAUCUAUAUGUUAUAAUAUCUUAAACAAACCCCUACUUGCUUAUUAAGAUCAAUGACAGUUGUAGAAAUCUCAAGCCAAGAAUUUAAGGGGUUGGUACACCACUAAAAAUGGUGUCUGUAAAGUCGGUUUACGGGCGAUAGUUCGUAACGUCAUAACAAAACAUUGAUGAAAUGAUUGCAUACUUAAGUUUUCGAGUGGAAGACAGUUGCGGCGCAAGCGUACAAUGCGCGUAACGGGACAGUGAGCGUAACGGGACAAUGAGUCAUGCUUUUUCGUGCGUGCAGCCGGCGUUCAUUGAUUUAUUGUCACGUCACGUCAAAAAAUACUUAUUAUAAAUCUAUUUUUGAUCUAUUAAUUUCUACGCCAAGUUCGGUUUCAACAUUCGUGACGUAUUCGAAUUUAUUUGUGCUCAAAUAUGAUUGUAUAGCAUCAAUCACUGAUGCCUAUAUAAAAACCAAUCGUAAUCUCAACGAGUCGUAAAGUUUAUAGAGCGAAAUGAAAGCUUAUUUUUAUGUUACGAUUUACGUGUCGUUGUUAUUACGGAUGGUAAUUUUUAAUAAUCUUCUGAAACUAGGUGAAAAAUUGGUUCAUCAAGUUUAAGAUCUUGCUUUCGAAAUCUCACAAUUUAUGUCUCAAACAGCUAUCUAACGGUCUUAGUUCUCAAAGUUAAACUUCCGUUAUGUCGCUGGAUUUUGGCCAUGUAAUCUCAAUUUCCAUGACUGUUUAAGACUUAAAGUAAAACCCGUUUAAAUAUCAAAAAAAAGCCAAAAGCCUAAUGUUACUAAUCUCUCUAUGAAAGGGUAUUUAAAACCCGGAUUGAAUUUAUACUUCUUUUGGCGCCUUAGGGAAAAAUCGCACACCGUCACAAAAAACCCUGAAUAUUUGUUCUAAGUCGGUAAAACAGUCUCGGCCGCUAGUUGUCGCUUGCUCUGUUUUAUCGACAAGUUGCAUUGUCUGUCAUGGCGUAGUGUUUUUCAGAGUCGUGUUUAUUUAAACCAACAUAAUGAUGUCUAUACAAGAAAACCCGUUCCAAUGUGAUAAAAAACAUAGUGUUUAUUGUAAAAUAUCAUGAUUAGUACAUAUUACAUCGUUUCGAUUGGAAGUUGCCAUUAAAAUAGAAAAUAAAAAUGCAGUUCGAAGAGGGAAACGUCCCUCUAGCUCGAAGAAAAUUAUUACGCCAAAGAAGUAUGUACUUCUAACGUGUGUACAUAAGUACACACAGUUUUUUUUAAUGUUGUAGUUUUGUAAACACGUCAAUACUAUUCAGUUUUGACAGCUCGAAUAUACAACAAUUUAGUUUCUGACACGUAUUUGAAUCCAAUGUUUAUUUCUAUAGAAAAACUAGCAAUAUUAUUAUAUUAAAAGUAGCAAUUAUUAAAGACCAAUUUCACUCAGCCAAAAUGGCAUCUUAAUCGGGUUUUACUUGAUUUUGUAUUGCUUUAGAGUUAUCUCAACUUUAGGCGACUGAUUUGUACCCUAUACAAGGUAUUAGGUUGUAUUAAUAUUUCAUUUAAAUAUAACUCAUUUAAUGGAUUUAAAUGUUCUAACAUUACGAAUUGACUUUAAUACAAAGUAUUCCACAAAAAAAUUGCACUUACUAAAAUGCUCUUUUCUCUCUUUCUGUCACAUUGUGUUUACUGUGUUGAAAAGAGACAAAUGAAUAGUCAAAGUGCAGUUGGACUAUGCCCUAUGUAUAACUGGGUUUAAUAUUUCAUUGUAAGGGGACCUGAUUUUGUGAUUGUCUGGUAUAGUAAACUCCGAAAAUUUCCAUGUAAUUCAGAGUGCCAAAUGCGAUAACAUUUUUUAUAAGUAUCUGUGGUUGUGUAAGUUGCUACGCAUAUCAAAUGCUUGAAUUAAGUUUUAAAUGAUUUAUAUAUUCUUAUUUAGGUUAGAUUAUAGCAGUUGUUUAUUAAGAACUAACAGUGAGAACUUAUUUUAUUGGAAAAUAACUUAUAACAGGUCACCAUCCUACAUGUAUUAAGACGUAGUUUUAUAUUGUAAACAAACAUAUAUACGAGAUACAUUUAUAUUUCAAAUCUAAAGAUUUAAUUUUAGAGACACCUCAUGCAUACCUCCGAAUAUAUUGAAAAAGCGCCAUCUAUUCAGAACUACCGUAAACUUAUUUUAAAUCAAACAUGGAAUUAAGAACACAGUUUUGAAUUAAUAAAUUAAGAAAUUCAUGUUUUUAUAAAUAGUAAAUAGUAAAAAAUAUAGAGAUGCUUAAGCUAUCUUUCAAGGUAGUUAACUCUAAUUCAGAUAGAUGGCGCUCACCGGUAGUAACUCUGAAAUGCCUUAGAAAAUUAUCUUCGAUGUUUUAUUAUAAAUUUCUAUUCAACUUCCUCUUGUACAUACAGCUUUAUGGAUUGUACCCUCAGUUUGAUCAGAUUAAUUAGCGA